GCUCGUUAACCUGCCAGUCUGCGGUCUGCCUGCUCACACAGUACACAGCGGCACGAGACGUUAAUGAGACAGAGAAGAGGAAAAAUACACCAAGCUGGUAAAUCUUCUGGAGUGAGAAUGCAAAAGAAAAGUCUGCUUCUUUCUACAGACGUAUUUAUGCCGGAUAAAAGUCGUAUAUGCGGGACUUUUGUUUGAGUAAAGUCUAAUGGGCGAACACAAACGUGGAAUUCUGCUGAUAACGACAAGGACUGUCUCACAAAAACGAACUAAGUGAGGAGUUUUUCACCAUUAGACAAAGAAGAAACGACAGAAACAACACCAGGUCUCAGCUGAGUAGAAGGCAACGGGCUGACCUCGGCUCACCGUUUUAAUCACCGAGCGAACCAGAUGCAGAGAAAAAGAUGCAUCUGGGAAAAGUUUUACUGUUCGUCCUCCUUCUCAACUGUGCCACUCUGAGCUCGUCUCUGUCAACCUGUGCCACCGUGGAUAUCGACCAUGUUAAACGGAAGAGGGUCGAGGCGAUACGAGGGCAGAUUUUGAGUAAACUCCGGCUGACGACUAUCCCGCACUCCCUGGGACCGAGUAAGAUCCCGUAUCAGAUCCAGGCGUUGUAUAACAGCACCAAGGAGCUGCUGGAAGAGCUGAGGAGGGACCGGCAGCAGAGCUGCGGUCAGGAUAACACGGAGACGGAGUACUAUGCCAAAGAGAUUUACAAAUUCAACAUGGUCUAUGGACCAACCGAAAACAAUGAUCUGCUCUACUGCCCAAAAGGCAUCACCUCGAAAGUUUUCCGCUUCAACGUCUCCGCCAUGGAAAGGAACUCAACCAACCUCUUCAGAGCAGAGUUUCGUGCUCUGAGGGUGCCAAACCCGAGCGCCAAGAGGAACGAACAGCGGAUUGAGCUCUACCAGAUUAUAAGGCCAAACGAACACAUUAGGAAACAACGCUACCUUGCAGCCAAGAACGUUUUGACCAAAGGAACUCCAGAGUGGGUUUCUUUUGAUGUGACUGAAACCGUGCGAGAAUGGCUGAUGAACAGAGGAAGUAAUCUGGGUUUAGAAAUCAGUGUGCAUUGUCCUUGCCACACCUUCAACCCAAAUGGUGACAUCAUUGAUAAUGAGAGUGAAGUGCUGGACGUGAAGUUUAAAGGCGUAGAUGGAGAUGAGGAGUAUAAACGUUUGGAUCUGGAUCACCUGAACAAGAAAAAGGACCAGUUUAGACCACACCUCAUCCUCAUGAUGAUCCCACCUCACCGCCUGGAUUCUCAGUCCUCCCGACGACGCAAGAGAGCACUGGACACAAACUACUGUUUCUCAACCACAGAGGAGAGCUGCUGUGUUCGUAAGCUCCACAUUGAUUUCAGACGUGACUUGGACUGGAAGUGGAUCCACGAGCCCAGCGGUUAUGAUGCUAACUACUGCUCUGGGCCCUGCCCUUAUCUGAGGAGCUCAGAUACAACACAUAGCUCGCUGCUGAGCCUGUACAACACUCUGAACCCGGAGGCAUCGGCCUCCCCCUGCUGUGUCCCUCAGGACCUGGAACCCCUCACAAUACUUUACUACUCUGGACGGACCCCCAAAGUGGAGCAGCUCUCGAACAUGAUUGUCAAGUCCUGUAAGUGUAGCUGAGGAAGAUGUGAGAGGCAAAGUGGAAUGGCUGGAUUUUUACAAGGUACUGACGAAACCCAUGCUCAUUGACUUUGGACUCUUAGCUGUGACAAAUACCUAAACUGACCCUGUAGCCUCAUGGCUUGGAUCUGAACCACUCUAGAGGUUACACCUUUUUUAAGGAAGCAGAUUUGCUCUGAAACUUAAGGUCAUUAUUUUUGUGUUUUUGUGUGUGUUUUUUUUCUCCCUUUCCACUCGAAGUCAGAUCUGGAUGACACGUAGUUAUUUUCAUCCGAGGAAGUCUAACCCAAGCCAAAUCUGAUCUUGCAAUUAAAGUUUGAUCCUAAAAUAUCCCUCUAGAUCGUGAAAGGUUGUCAAGACACUCCUAAAGCUUGAUUGUGGAGAGCCCUGUGCAAAUCUACAGUAUUCAUGACAAAAAUGUCCAGGAGAUUUUGAAUGAACAAUGAAAGACUGGGACUUUGAAGUACAUGUUCUGCUUCAGAACUAAACAAAUAAUUUUGAAAUUUACAGUCUCUAAAUUGUAAUAAGAGCCAUUUUUUUUGUUUCUAGCAUUUGGAUGAUGUUUUCAGUGGUCACAUAAACCAACCAUGCUCUCCUGAUUGGUUCUGUCUGUCUGGAUUUUACCUUGUACUUUCUGUAAGACAGUGGACACCAUCUUCAAACACAAAGGAGAGAGGACAGACUUGCUGCUGUAUCCAAAGCCAUAGCUGUGGUCGGGGAAAAGGAGAGCAGAGAGAAUGCCUGUCGGAUUUGCAAUGGAAAGUGAAUGAACAGAAAAGUUGAGCCAAGCUGUUUUUUUUUCCUUUUCUAUUUUUUUCUGGCCAGCCGGCAGCAAUGGCCUUUUUUUCUGUGGUGCAUCAAUGAGAAUAGAUGGAGGAAGAAGAAGAAGAAAGAAAGAAAGAAAGUGAAAGAAGAGAAGAGGGGACCUGUAUGGAAGUGAAGAACUGUGAUGGAAACUAGCCCUGAACACACUCUGCCAUUCACGAGAAGUCCUCAUCCCAAACAGAUUCAAAUUAUUCCUGGGACAUCAAAGAAUAUGCUGGAAAAAGAACACGUGUUACGCAACAGGUUUUUAUGAGAUUUCUUUUACAUUAGUAGCAGAUUUGGUCUGUUAUACAACUUUUCAUAUAGGGAUUGUUUCACUUAUGGGGACAUAAAAAUGAUGUUCAUCUCCCUCUGCUCUAAGUGGAAAAACUUUAUUAACGUUGGUUACAUUUUGUCAUGACUUAGAAAGAAUAUGCAACUCUUUAGUCCAAGCAUGUGUAAGUCAACUUGUAUGAGAUCCAUUAAAUGUUUGACCUGAAUUAAAAGGAGAGUUAAAUCAGAGCCCUUUCCCACCAGAUGUACCAGUACCCGUACAUGUACUUAGAGAUUUAAAAAGCAGCUGUUUACUUGUCUUUAAACCCUCUCUUCUAUCAACUCACCUGUCGCCCUUCACUCCAGCCAGCUGACAAGAAAUCACACGCGUAGCCAAGACUCUAGUGUUCCCAAAACACUGAAGCCUUUCAUUCCCUCUGCUCCGUCUCUGUUUGUUUUGGUGCCUUUCUACAGUGUGAAGCCCUAAUGGAGCAGAAAAAUGAAGGGGGGAGGGGGGACUCAUAACAUGAUGGUGGCUGGAUGUACAGUUAGACCUCAUUUUCUCUUAGUGUCAGGAGAGUGAUUCUGAAUCCCUGUACUGUUUGACUCUCACCCAGUCUGAGUCAUCUUUAGAUGGCAUUAAGGUGACCUUUGUGGCAGCAACUUUGUUGACUGACUUGUUGAUCAUGAUUAUUAUUAAAAACACAACAUGCAAAACUUGUCUGAUACCUUUUUAAAUCUUAAGAAUCUCUUUCGUUUUGGUGCUGCAUUUAUUUCAUAAUUAAAUAUAACAGAUCUGUUAUAGUGUUUAACUCAAAAUUAGGGACCUGAUGGUUUUACCAUGUGUGUCUACCGUGCUGAAAUGUUAUUUUAAAUGCCUUUUUUCACAGAAUGUUUUGGUUCAAUAUGAACAUAAUUUUUCUUGCUUGAAUCUCACUAGUCGCACCUGUUUCCUGCAGACGUUUUUUUCUCGCAAAGUAAUAAAUCUAACUUCUCGUUCUCAGGGAUCGUGCUUAACAGCUUUCCCAGGCAAAAAGCAAUUACUUUUAUGUUUAGUACAUAUGCAUGUGCAUGCAUAUCUUUAUUGUCAUUUUUUCACUAAAUGGCUAGUGUAAAUCACACAUAAACCUGAGAAAUGUAUUUUACAUUCAGUUACACUUAGGGUGUUAAUUCUUUACCAGAAUAAUACUUUCUUUGUGCUCAAAGCUCCAUCAAGAACACCAAACCAGUGGAUAGUUUGACUUUUAACUGCACUAGGAGAAAAGCAGAGUUGUUCAAAUUUUUACUAAAAACUAACACAACCAAUCAAUA